UGGUCUCAGUCAGAGGAACAGCCAAAGGGUUACUGCUUCACAAUGCAGGUUUAUUGUCCGAAACCCUUUAUCCAGAUGGCAGUCGUGUCAAUUCUGCUUAUGUUUGUGGUUUCGCUGGAUGCUCAAGACGUUGAAUUACCCCAACCAACCAUGACUCUAGACCCACCGUUGAAGGUAAUUCUACCAGGAGAGGAAUUUUUGCUGAGUUGUCAUUUCCCUGUCACGCUCUGCACUGUUGAAUUCUACAGGAAUUACACGCAAAAAAUCUCAUUUAGGAAUCACGUGAGCCACAGUGCGUCCAUUAAGAAUGAGGAGAAUGUAAAAUCAAUAGGACGCAAUUCCUACACUUGCAAAUAUGAAAAAUUCUUUGAUAACAACAAGACUUGGGCAUAUUCACCUCUCAGUCAGCCUAUGGAAUUAACUGUAACAGAUGUGAUUCCGAAACCUACAAUCUCUUUGGAACCGGCCUCAGGUGUGGUGACAGUGGGGGGCCAAGUUCGUAUUAAUUGCACCAGCAGCUACCCAAGCCACAUCGCCCACUUGUAUAAAAAUAAUAGCAGAAUUGCUAUAUUUACCAAGAAUGUUUCUGACUCAGGGCAGACAGUAAGCUUCACUAUUGAAGACCUUGAAGCACUGGAUAGCGGAGAAUACAGCUGUGGUUUUGAGAAAACUUUAAAAGGCAUAGAAUACAUUUCAUCCCGAAGUGACACUGUGCAGUUGAAUGUUACGUACGACAUUUCAAAACCAACGAUGCACAUGGAGCCAUCCUCUGGUAUGGUCAGCGUGGGCGGACGGGUUCAAAUUACCUGCAAUGCAAGCUCUCCAAGCCUCACCAGCCAUCUAUACAGGAAACAUGUCAACAAACCUAUUGAUACACAGAACGUCUCAGAGUCCGACUGGUCAGUCACAUUCACCAUUUCGGACCUCAUACCAAAUGAUGCUGGGGAGUUCAGCUGCAGUUUUAUGAAAAUGGCAAAUGGAGAAAUAUAUGAAACAUUACGUAGUGACUUUGUGAAGAUCGCUGUAACUGAUGAGCUCCCAAAGCCAAUGGUAUCUGUGGUGCCAGCUUCUGGCGUCGUCACUGUGGGCGAGAGCGUUCAGAUUAAGUGCAGCAGCAGCUAUCCCUGCCACACCUCUCAUUUGUACAAGAAAUAUGAAAAGAAACCCGUUGAUGCACGGAAUCUAUCAGAUUCUGAACUAUCAGUCACCUACAAUUUGACAGACCUUCAACUAGUGGAGACUGGGGAGUACAGUUGCAAGUUUGUAGCAACUGUGAAAGGGGAAGAUUAUGAAUCAUCCCUCAGUGACUUUAUGAAGAUCAAUAUAACUGAUAAUUUGCCCAAGGCAAUCAUUUCUGUGGACCCACCGUCUGGGGUGGUCAAUAGAGGUAAAAUGAUUCGUUUGACCUGUUCAGGAUCCAUUCUGAACUCUGGUGGUUGGUUUUACUUCUACCGAGAUGGCAAGCGUAAAUGGUCACGGACUGUACCAGGCUCGGCUCAAUCAACCUCUUUCUCCAUUGGUGGCAAUACAAGAGUUGGAACUUGGAAAUACAGCUGCAAAUAUGCGAGAAAAGUAAAGAAAAACACGUAUUAUUCACCAAAAAGUGAACAGUUGCAGGUAACGGUGAGAGAUGGCAAUGGAGCAUCCAAUGUGUGUUUAAGUCCUUCGUAUCUACUUGGCUUCGUACUAUCUGGGAGUUUAAUUAUCCUGCUAACAGAAUAAACCCAUCCCAGAGAUACACGAUUAACACAGAUAUUGCCUAGGAUCCCUUUUUUUUUUAACAGAAUAAGGUCAAUUAUGAAUCCGCUGCAAAUUUUACCUAAUUGAGCAAAUGAACAGAAUUCUCUCAGUAAUCAAAUGCCAACAAAGUGAUUGCAUUCUAUCCCGCUGCUAAAGAUUCAAUCACACAACAAACAUUGUUCAUAAAUGGAGCACAUAAUCUGCACAAAUGCCGAGCAAGGGAGAUUUCCAAUAAGAGGCUAUUUCAGCACAUUGGCUUUCAAAGGCGUUGCCAUCACCUAAAGUCCUACAAUCAACAUCCUCGACUUUACCGUUGAAUGGGCAAUGAACUGAACUGGCUAUAUAAAUGCAAGGGCUACAAGAGAAGGUCAGAGGCUAGGAAAACUCAGUGAGUAGCUCACCUCCUAAAUCCCCUCGGCCUCUCUCUUUUCCACAAGGCAAAGACAGGAGUGAGAUAAACAACUCCCAACUUGCCAGAAUAGGUACAGCUCCGUAAACUUGACUUCACAGCACUGAGCACCACUGAGUACCAGCAGUGUGCACACAUGUUUAAGAUGCACAGCAGAAAUUCGCUAAAGGUUCUUCAAGCGCACCUGCCAAAUUCACAGGCACUUCCAUUUGAAUGGACAAGGAUAAAGGUACAUUGGAGCAGAAAACAAACCCGCAAGUUCCCUACCAAUCCUGCACCAUUCGGACUUGCAAUCAUCUCGCCAUUCCUUCGCUUUCAUUGAGCCAAAUUCCAGGAAAUCCUUUCCUUGUGCCAUUGUGGUGUCACCGUGACGAUACGUUUGCCCACACACAAACAAACAGUGAAUGGAAACAUAUUGAUUGAAUUAAUAGGUACCAUCUGUCCGUUUCCGUCCAGCAAAUUUGUCAGUUUCAUAGUAGAAUCAUGUUAUGUAAAUGACACAUGCUAAAAUUCAAUGACUCACCAAAUGACUGUUCGGGUGUGGAGUGGGGGUGGGGAGUGGUGGAGUUGCGAAAUAGAGUUCACAAGUACCUCUAAGUAGAAUCCUACGCUAAAAUAAUAAAAGAUAAAUGUCCAUUAACUGAACUAUACAAUUCCUUGUGAUUCUCGCAGACAAGAUGCCAAAACAUUGUUUGCAUGACCUAUAAUCACUAUUAGCCAGAAAUUCAAACUGUGCUCAUCUAUUCAACCACGAUAAUCACAUGGUCUAUCACUGACUGAUGAAAAGAAAUUGCUGUUUUUUCUCUCCCGACAACAUGGCCUGGAAUCUCAAUAUAGUGGCAGCAAAUGAAAAUGCAUGCCUGGAAGAGGCUCUUAAACAGAGCAGAAACAUUUUAAUGGUGAUUUUUGUUGGCAUUUCAUUAUUGCAGGAUAUGUCGUUAUUUGUAAAAGGCCCAUAAAAUAGUUAAAAGCUCAAUAGUAUUUUCUUACAGAGCUCCACACGGCACAGGGAUCUAAAACUUGUGCCAUUACAUUGACAUCACAAACUUGAAUAGGAAGUGACCAACGGGAAAAAGCAAGAUAAAUCUUCCCACAGAAUAUCUGUGCAAAACAAACAAUGCUGUAUGAUCAGAAAAGUUGUGCCCUGGGGAACAUUUAUUAUAUUUGUCACGAGCUACAUGCUCGACGAAAGUCAUAUUGAGUUUUGGCAUAGUAUCACUUGCUGAGCAGGCAAUAAUUUACUUUCCAUUUUGACAAUUUAGUUUACUGAUGUAUUAUAUUAUAUUGGAAGAAAUGAUGGGGAGGCUGCACUGUGGAUAAUGCACGAAUAGAUAUGUUUUUCGAGAAACGUGUUUCGAGAAAUAAUACACUGCACCUCAUUUUUUUCUUAAUAACGAUUAUAUAUUUGUGCAGACUCGAUGUCCUAAACGAUUUUUUACUUUUCCUGUGCUAUAGGCGACUACCUCUUUUCAUUGUUUUUUUUAAUUUUAUGGACUCUCCCCCGAUCCAAAACUUUCAUUUCCUGUCCAAAUUCCUUGAUUGUCCCUCGACUCCCUCCAUAUUUUGAAACACAAAUAGAAUUUUCUGGUAAAAUUCAGCAGCUCUGGCAACAUCUAUGGAGAGAAUCAGCGUUAAAGUUUCGAGUUGAGUGACAAUUCCUUUAUUUUUUUUACACCUGCUUGUUUAAAAAAAAAAGAUUGCAGCCUUUCAAACUGAAAUAUAGAAGCUUUACAGUCGAUAUAGAAUGCAUUUUUAUUUGUCCAUUUAUUGUUGAAGAUAAAAGCGCUGAAAUAGUAUUUCUGCUACCUGUGUUGAUUUUGCUUCAGCAGGUUAUUCUUUUACGUGAUGUAGUUUCUUUUUUGUCUAUUAAACAUUGAUGUUCCUUUGUUAAAAUCCAGUGAAAUGUCUCGUUUGAACUUGUUCAGAGACUUGCCACCUUGUUAUUCAAAUCGCAAAAGUAAAAUGUGAUCUGAUUUAU